AUGGUGACAGCUAUAAAAGGAGUUUUAGUUAAAUGUGAUGAGCCUACCAUGCAAAUAAUUUUAAUGUUAAAUGAAGAGAAGAAUUUUUUAAUUGAAAAGAUUAGUGAUACUGUUUGUUUAUGUAAAGAAAAUGUUCAUGAUUUUCUAGAAAAAGAAGUAAUAAAACAAUUGGAAUAUUCAGAAAGGCAUGAAACUGAAGAUUAG